AGCCCCAGACCCGGUCCCCGCCCGGCCGGGAUGCGGGACCCGCCGGCGGCGUCCGUGGGGGGUCCCGGCGCGGGUGCGAGCCCCCACCCUCCGGGAGACCCCCGGACCCUGCCCGGUGACCCGCCAACCCCUCGAGGAUGAAGACGCUGGUCCGGCUCUUCCUCACGCUGGUGUGCGCGGCGGUGGUGGCGGUGCUGUACAUCCUGCUGUCCUCCCUCGCCCGCCCGCAGCCCUGCUGCCAGGCCCCGGGGCUGCAGGGCAGCCCCGCGGCAUCCACCCUCCGCAGCUUCCAGGGAUACAGCCGCGUUCCCGACGGGAAGCCGCUGGAGCGAGCGCUGUGCCGCCACUGUGCUGUCGUGUCCAGCUCGGGGCAGAUGCUGGGCUCUCACCUGGGACAGGCCAUCGAUGGGCAAGAAUGUGUCCUCCGCAUGAACCACGCCCCCACCGCCGGCUACGAGGAGGAUGUGGGGGCACGGAACACCAUCCGGGUGGUCUCGCACACCAGCGUCCCGCUGCUGCUGAGGAACCAGCCCUACUUCUUCCAGCAGUCCCAGGAGACCCUCUACAUCAUCUGGGGGCCAGCAAAGAAGUUGAACAGGGAGAAGAUGGGCUCAACCUACCAGGCACUGCUGAAGGUGACACAGACAUACCCUCGGCUGCAGAUCUACACCCUGACUGAGGAGAAGAUGACAUACUGUGACAACAUCUUCCAGAACGAGACAGGGAAGAACAGGAUGAAAUCCGGCUCCUUCCUGAGCACGGGCUGGUUCACCAUGAUCCUGGCCAUGGAGCUGUGUGAGCAGAUCCGUGUCUUCGGCAUGGUCAGCGACAGCUACUGCAGGGAGAAGAACCACUCGAGUGUGCCAUACCACUACUUCGAGAAGGGCCGGCUGGACGAGUGCAAGAUGUACCUGAUGCACGAGCGCGCCCGGCGCGCCGGGCACCGCUUCAUCACUGAGAAGGCCAUCUUCUCCCGCUGGGCCAAGAGGAGGAACAUAGUCUUCACCCACCCAUCCUGGGCGGGCGGGUAGGGCGCCAGCCAUGAGGUGAGGCAGCAGGGACCCCGGCGGCGGGGCAGUUCUCAUCCUGCACCAGCGUGUCUUGGCUCUGCCAGUGCCACAGUUGAAUGCCUUUUGCCAAGCCCUGGAGCAGGGAGCCUCCACCUCUGCAGCAGCAGGGCCUGUUCUCCCAGCUGGUGGGUGGGCUGGGACCCCCCAUGUCGGGGCAUGGGGUGUGAGCUGGACCUGUGGAGCCCCGUCAGCUCUGGACGUCUGCCUAUAUGGACCCAGGAUGACCAUGAAGGUUUUCCACCCACUUUUCUAGGAAGAAUAUUUAAUGCAGGAUUACACGCUCACCCUGCUGGGCUCCAGCAGGACAAGGGGCAGGAGAGCUCAACUCUGCCAGGGCCACAAAGUGAUGCCUCUCUCAGGGGUGAAGCUCUGCUAUGGUCCUUGUCCCACUUGUGCCCUGAAACCCAGUGCAGGGAGCUGGAUUCAGGCUCCCUCAUCCUGCUGCCUUCUGCUGCUCAGUGCCUGGGCAGGUCCCUGGAGCCCCCUGCAUCCCUCCAGCUGUGAAGCCCUCGAGCCACAUAUGCCCUGGGGACUCCGAAUUGCCUUGUCACAAGUGCCCUUGGAUUCAGACCAAAGCAAAUGUGGCGAUUAAAAGUGUUUUUAAUUCA